AUGCCUGCAACGCCGACGGACAAAUCAACCGCUCCAAGUGAUUCAGAUCCACAACAAGACGCCGCCAAGCUGUUGGACUCUGAUACAAGCGCAACUCCAUAUGGCGUCCAGGCUCUUCCCGACGGAGAGGUGAGCUGCGAAUACCACGGUCCUGGCGCCAUGAUCUCUAUCUGUUCCAAAUCUGCCGUGACUUGGGUCUGCCAGAAAGCUGGUAACGCCGACUUUGAGAGAAUCACCGCAAACUUCGCAUCCGCCAUCUCCAGACGCCUCAAAGUAGACCUUAGCCAACUCAGGGAACGAAUUCCAGAACCACCCCAGGCCGUGGCUUGGUCGUACUGCCAGGCGUAUUUCAAUAGUGGCUCAGGACUCUGGUUCCAAUCUUUAAAUCAAGCCGCGUUUGAAGCGCGACUGGCCUCUCAUUUUCGAGAUGACAGCCCCGGAAUCGGACACGACCCCUCGUGGUACGCCCUGCGCAACAUUGUGUACGCCACAGGCUGCCGCAGCCUGAAAUCCAAGCAAGUCUCGGCCGAUUCCCAUGACAUGCAACGACAAAGCUGGAGUUAUUUUUGUAACGCCAUGUCGGUAUAUACGGAUUUGCUAUUCUCUCAUACUGGGCUUUCGUCAGUCCAAGCUCUUACUCUCAUGAGUGCAUUCAUUGAGGGUAUCGCAUGCCCUUCGCUCGAAUUCAUGCUAUCCUCCAGUGCUCUGCGACUAGCCGAGUCCAAAGGUCUACACCGUGGUUUGUCGUCCACAUGUCUUGAGAAAACGACCGACAUCCAAGCCGCUUCACAUACGUGGUGGGCCAUAUACACCCAUCAUUGCGUUAUUGUGGCUCGAUCGGGAAGAUCUCUGCAAAUUGAUGAUAACGCCAUCACCUGCCCGCUGCCGACCCAGCAUCCUGGUGACAGCUGGAGCCAACACGCUACGAUUAUUGCCAUGGCAAAGCAUGCGCGAAUCCUUGCCUCGGUCAUCAAAACCCUGAAUGUGAUUCGUGCCUCCCGGUCGAUGUCGGCUACAACGUUCACCAUGAUCCAGGAGCUGGAUGACCGGCUUCGAGAGUGGCGAAGCGGUUUCCCUUCUUUUGUCCAGAUGGACCCGCUGCCUGCUGGCGUCGCGCUCCCGAAAGGAGUCCACCAAGAACACUGUCUAUACCUGGUCUACUCGUACUACGCUACACUGAUUCAAAUCCAUUCAAUUGUGAUGUCUCCGUGGAAUGCAGUUUACCAGGAUAGCGCAACACUCGACCCGAGUCUUCGGCCUCAGAUCUUCAGAAGUGCAAGUAUCGUGGCUGAGGCGUCCAGGAAAAUCAUUGCCCAGCUACGACAUAUGACAGUUGGUCUCGGAACCCUGAAAUGGGCCGUGUUAGUCUAUCCAAUGAUUGCGAUGAUUCAUCUGUUCAUCUAUAUACUCGACAAUCCCAGUCUUCCAUCGGUCGAUGCGGACAUCUCGAUCAUGCACGAAGCCGCCGCUCACUUCAGUUUCCUCGAGUACCGGCUAGGCAAAGUCCUAUCACUGCCGUUCCCGAGAGACUUAGCCAACCUGAUUCGGGUUGUUGUCGCCGACCACAGGGAGAGCAGCAGCCUCCGGGUGACUGGCAUGGAAUGCGGCUCCUUCGACCUCGAGCCAGGCUUUGAAGGCCAGCAGAACGACUUGCCUGAAUUGGGGAAUCUCGAAACUGCCGACUGGGACGCGCUGAUCCCUUGGGAGGAGGUGCUCGAUGGUCUUGAUGGAUGCGACAUGUGA